AUGAGACAAUUAACAAGCAAACUCAGCAGGAAUCUAAAUAGCAAUGGGAAUGGCUGCCAAUAUGGAUAUACAGGGCUGAUUCGUUCUAAAUACAACAACAAAUACACUCCUGUGUGGAUUGGUGAGGGGAAGUUCAAAGCAAUAAACAUGGAUUCAGACCUAAUUCAAAUAUGGACAAAACCUGUCUCAUUUCCCAAACCUGCCAGGUUAAGCGUGGUAUCCACUCCUUUCAUGCACUCUUCAACCAAAUCAGUAUCUUCAACCUUUUGCUUGAGACCAGUGAUGGCUUUGUGAGAGAAGAUACACAUUCUGUUUUCAACCAGCAGGUAUUCUUUUAGGAAAUGAAAAACCAUAUUCAAAUAUCUAAAUAUCCAUGCUGUCACAUGGAGGUUGGAGCAAGCUUGGUUUCUCCUGCUCCAGAGGCUAGAACCUGAACCAAUGGGUUCAAAUUACAAGAAAGGAGAUCCUGACUAAACAUCAGGAGAACUUUCUGACAGUAAGAGCUGUUUUGCAGUGGAACAGACUCUCAUGAGAGGUGGUGGACUUUCCUUUCUUGGAGGUUUUUAAGCAGAGGCUGAUGGCCCUCCGUCAAGGACGCUUUGGUUGAAAUUCCUGCAUUGCAAGGGGUUGGACUAGAUGAACCUCAGAGUCCCUUCUAACUCUACAAUUCUAUGAUUCUAUCAGAUUAUAAAAUCUGACAACUUGUUAAGAAAUCACAGAAUCCCCCCCCCCCAUGAAACCCACAGUUCAGCUUUCCUAAUUACGGUACCUUCACACUUCCAAAUUACCUUGGCUAAAUUCAGUUCACAGCAGAUAUAUCAACACUUGUGUUAAUAGCAUCCUGUGAUGGAACUGGGCACAAGAACAUUCAGGAGUCCUUAUUAAUGUCACACUACUGUAACUCUGGCUUCUGUCAGUACAGUGGCAACUUAUUUUUAAAUUAGGUUUAUGGAGCAACAGAUUUUCCUUCAUUACUUAAACCAAUGAAUGUCAGUUGCACAACCAUGUUGACAUCAUUUAGGAGCUGGCAGAAGGCCUUAGGACUCAAUUUUGUUAGGCUUGAGAGAGGGAAGACUUGUAGCUUGAAGCUGCUGUCAUAUAUUUGCGGAGGGAUAGCACUCUGUCUCUCUCCCCCUCUUUGCUGCUGCUAUAUUUAACAGCCUUUCCAGCCAUAAAAGGUUGGGAGUGUUGCUUUCACAUUCCACUGACUACAGUCAUUAUUUUUGUUCUGGACCUGAGGGUCCCUCAACCCUGGUCCUGUCAGCCACUCUGAGGGAUCAAACUUUUGCUGGAUUUCUCUCUUCUUCUCAUUCAUCCUUGUACAAGACUGAAAUUCUAUCAUUCUUAAUUGGACUACUGGUAAGUAUGCAAUGUCCAGAGACAUUAUUUGUCAAACAAAUGUGUUCUGUAUGUUAUAAAUGUGGACAAGUAUUAUCUCUCUAUUUUCUUCUAUUAUGGAUUCAACAGCAGAUUGGAGAAAUCUUAAGAGUGAAGCUUCAAGAAAAAACAAAGUAAUGCAAAAUAUUUAGCAGCUCACCUAUUGUAACAUACCUCUAAAGUACUUUUCAAAUGAAACAUGAGUUAAGGGUGCCACUAGAAAGUUUGGUUGUGUAACAGUUCUCUUCUAAAAUGCUUUCUGCUUGUGUGUGAUAGUUAUUUCAGAAUGUCUUCAGAUGAAAACAGUUCAAGUGAUUAGAUUCUCUAUGUGUUUCAAGAUUCCCAUAGUAUUUUUAAAAUAUUACAGCCCUUGUUAGAGGGGAAUACCAACACAAUGCACCAACCUAUGUGCAAUGUAUUCAUUAUAAUGUUCAAUGGAAUCCUUUUGCAAACAGCUGUGUGGCACAAGUAUGUGUGGCCACUUUCUACACAUGCUUUAAUGAACAUGCAUAGGCCAGUGAGAAGUCUGCCAUCAUGAUACUGCUCCUGUUAAUGUGCAUUUAUUUAGCCCUACAUUAACAUAUAAAAAGUUAAUCAUAGUUGUUAAAUUAUUGACAAAUUAGGUAUUUUUACUGCACAUGCCUCUGUAAAUGUGUGCACUAAGAAUUACCACGCACACAGAAUCUAGCAUUUCCAAAGCCUAAGAUAAAACUAAUGGCCAGUCACAAAAUGAAUAAUAAUUUUCAAACUGAAGAUUGAAGAAGCCUUGUCAUUUAAUCACUGAGCCGCUAACAGCAGGUGCUCGGGAAACUGCAGCAGAAGAGGCUUAAGGCUGUGUGUGUGUACUGAUGGUGGGCGUCAACAAGUGGAUCUUGAACAAAGUCAUAAUUAUGUUGGUAGAUCUUCAGUGUUGGAAACCUUGGGUUGAACCAUGGGCCCUUGAUACAGCCUAUUAAUUAUACUAAGAUAAGACAGACUGCAGUUAUGCAAACAAUGCAUAUAUAAAUAGUGAAGGAAACAGACACACAUACAGUGCAGAGCAUGAAAUAAUAAGCACUGUAUGAGUUAUGUUAUAUAUACUGGAAUUAUAAUUUGGAUUCACACAUUUAAUUGUCAGUGCUAAGGUUCAGAAUAACUGGUUUGCAAAUGGAUGUAUUUGGAUUAUUGACUCUACUCUGCAGUUUUGCAUCUUGGGUAUCUCUAAAUGUAACUUUGUGAGAUGGUCACAAGAAGAUGAUUUUGGAAUGCAGAAUCUGGAACGUAAUGUUGAAAUCACAAUACUGAAAAUGUGAUUUGAAAGUUAGAUUUUUAAAAAACAGAAAAGAAAUAGAAAAGAAAAAUACACAAAAUUUAUUUUAAUUCUAGAAGAGUUAGACAAAAGAUUCCUGUACCAAAGUGCUACAGGAGUAACCAGAUGCUUUUAAAGAGCAUUUUGUGUUUUUCCUAGGAAUUGCCACAUGGGAUGAAACUAAUAUUUUACUUUUUUCUACAAGUGUUUCAAAUUUUCAUAGAAAGUUAUAAAACUCAAAAUCUACAACUGUGUGGACAUAAAUGUUCUUCUUAACUUCAGAUGAAUGAUGUUCUUCUUAUAUAAAUGGAAUGUUAAAAUGGAUUUUGUGUGCACUUUUUGACUUAUGUCCUUGUGAAAGUUUCUUAUUCAUACACUUAAAUACUCAUACAUGCUGUAACUACUAUUCAUCAUAUUUUGCUUGCAGGUAGAUGAGCCUAGUGAAGCAUAAACAUGACACAGGGUGGUAUUCAACUAAGUUUUAAUUACAAUAGUUACAUUGAACUAAAUGGACCUUACUUAGUCAAGUUGAUUAAUUUCAAGGGUCUACUCUGAGUAAGACAUAGUUGAAUACCACCCACAAUCUUCUCUUCAGUAUUUAUCUGAAUCUAUCUUUGAUGGAUUAAUUAUGAUCACUGAAAAAUUAUUGAGCAUGUCAUACAUACAUACACACAUAGGCAGACAGCAUUUCCAUGUGCUCUGGCUUCCGUCACGGUGUUUUGUUGCGCCAGAAGUGGUUUAGUCAUUCUGGCCACAUGACCCGGAAAGCUGUCUGUGGACAAACGCCGACUCCUUCGGCCUGAAGCAAGAUGAGUGCCGCACCUCAUAGUCACCUUUGCCUGGACCUAACCAUCCAGGGGUCUGUUACCUCUACCUUUACAUACAUACAUGAAUUUAUUUGUAUGCUGACUUUCCAUAGUUAAAACCAUGUUCAAGGCAGCUUAUGACAUUAAAAAACCCCACCAUAAUGGCAUAGUCAUACAUGCUAUUUAACUUGUGGUUUUUUGUUGUUGCUUUUACAGAACAUCAAAAGUGUGGGCUGA